AUGGCCGUCCAGCGCAUCCGGAGACGCCUGCGUUCCUGCUCUCUGCUGCUGGCGUCCUUUUUCUUCGUCUUCUUCUCCAUCUACAUCUACUGCAAGCCCUCGUCCAAUCGCUUCUACAACGCCCAUUACACCGACUCCCCCGUCGACCCGUUUCGCGGCCGUCAGAUAGCUUUCUGGAACUCUUUUCGCGAAGUGCUCGAUCAACAUGCCCCCAACUGUCCGCCGCCCGAGAUUACAGGCAAGGCUGAGCCCGUGCCUUUCAAUGCCCUCGAACCCACCGACCGUCCAGAUCUGCUUGUCGUGCCGGAUGACCAUCUCGAGGCAAUGCAGUCCGCACACUCCAACUUCGUCGCAGAGAUCCGCCGAUCAACCACGCUGAAGCCGAUUCACACUCCCGGGUCACGAGGGCUCGUCUCGAUGGCAGGAGGCGCCUACUUUCCACUAUUCCUAGCUCAGCUGCGCAUGCUCCGGCGCAAGAAGUCGACCUUGCCGGUCGAAGUCUUUCUGCGGGACACGAGCGAGUAUGAAAAACACCUCUGCGAAAAGGUGCUACCGCAGUACAACGCUAAAUGCGUUGUCUUAUCCGAGCUUCUCGGAUCGACAAAACACAAAGGCGUCGAGAUUGAACACUACCAGUUCCGCACCUUUGCUGUCCUGUUCUCGUCCUUUGAGGAGGUUGUCUGGAUGGACGCCGAGUGCUUCCCCUUGCAUAGCGUGGAGGAUUUGCUGGACUCGGACCCUUAUAAUUCGACCGGCCUGGUUACUUGGCCAGACUUUUCCGCCUCGACGAUAUCCCCGCUGUUUUAUGGCAUCACACAGCAGGAGAUCCCGUCCACGACAGUCCGCGCGGCCACCAAGACGGGUGUUUUUAUGAUCUCCAAACAGUCACAUUUCCUUACCUUGCUCCUGGCCUCCUACUAUAACUACCACGGCCCGUCUCAUUACUUUGCGCUCCUGUUGCAGGGAGCACCGGGCGCCGGAGACAAGGAAGCUUUUAUUGAGGCCGCCACCGCCUUAGGAGAGCCGGUCUACGCCGUCAGUGAGCGCGUCGGGGCCCUUGGACAUGUCGUCGAAGGCGGUGCAACAGAGUACUCUGCCGUCGCGCAGUCCGACCCGAUUGAAGAUUUUCGCCUGACGAGCGAAGGUAUCUGGCGAGUCAAAGACCCCGCAGCCGGCAAGGCUCCGCGUGUCUUCUUCAUUCAUGGCAACUAUCCGAAAUUUACGGCGAGCGAAGACGUCUUCGGUCACAAAUGGGAUAACCCUGGGGUGCAUUCCGGGCGACUCUGGACGCACGAGCCUGACGUCAUCAGACGAUUUGGAUACGAUGUCGAAAAGGCUUACUGGGAAGAACUGCAGUGGGUGGCUUGCAACUACGAGCGUUCUUUCCAGGCUUGGGCCGAGAAGACCGACGUCUGCAAUAAUCUGCAAGAGUAUUGGAAUGGCGUUUUUGCAGAUACACCCCCGGGCGACCUGCAAUUCACCGACCAGUAG